AUGCAAUUUUUCAAACAGCUUGUGGUUUUCGUGGCGUGCAUAACCUUUGCCCUCGCUUACGUGGCUCAAGAUGUUCAUAUUUCAUUCCCCACUACUAAGGGCAAGAAUAGCAUGAUGAUUGGUAAAAUCAGCCCCGGGCUCGGAAAGGACGAUGUCGCUCCAACAUCAAUCACAGUAGAUAACGCUAAUGAAGUCAUUGAAGUAAAUUUCGCCAUUGACUCCAGCGACAAGCCUUUCCAAAACUCCCUAUUGGUUGGCCUACCUGAUAACAACCUAGAAAUGGUUUUUGAACCUGAAAUCAAGAAUAACGGUAAGUUGUCCAUGUACAAGUACAAGAUAGAUCUAGCCACGUUAGAUUCUGCCUUGUUACAACAAGCUUUCAAGUCACUGGAGCCAAUACAGGCAACUUUGAUCUUAGCAUCCUCUACAGCCAAACCAAAAGAUAAUUUGUUCCGGAGGGUUUUCCAGCUGGACUUGGAUUUUGAAUUCGAUCAUUCUGAUCUAUCUCUCGCUGGCAAGUUCGACAUUCAACCUGAAAUUCGUCACGUCUUCCACACUGAGCCAAAAAGAGUUGCCAAGCCAAUAGCCCGAAUUUUCGUUGUGAUUAUCUUCUUCACUAUUUUGUCGUUGCUCGUCACCUGGGUGAAUUCUUGCGCUGCUGCAUUUGAUAAUAUCCCCACUGGCGCCAAUGUCCUGUAUUUCUUAGGUUUCGUCGCGACUAUCAUUGGGUUUGAAAUUAUCUUCGCCAGAUAUUAUUUGGGUACAAGCAUUUUCGAAACCUUAUUUUCCUCUUUGUACUUGGGCGCCCCAGGCUUGUUGGCGUCUACCAAAUUUCUGAGAUAUUUUGGUCAAACAAUCUAA